AUGGUGCAAGCAGGAGCUGAAGGAAUCACCAAAAGCCAGAUAACUGACCUAAUCUCCAAAGGAGCGUCUGAUGACGACACGCUUCAGUUUUACUCCGAUCUUAUGCGCCAGAUUUUGGACUCCACGAGCAAUGCACAGAUUAGGAUUGCUAAUGGAUUCUUUUUUAGUUGGGAAUGCAGUAGAAAUUGUUCGAUCGGAGUACAAAACGUUGAAGGAUUGUCUUAUUCAAGCGCACUGCACAUUUAUUCACUGAAUGCCAACCUACUCCAGCUUUAG